AUGUUUCUUAAUCUUAGUUUCUUUGGGCUAGCAGUCGUCUCUCUUGCCACUCCACUUUCUACAAAGUCGUCUGGUCUCGGCAAUAUUCAUCAUGGGGAUAUCAUUCAUUCACUUUCUCUUCCAGGAUUCCAAUUCCGUCGCGUGAAACCGCUUACGACGGUUGCCACCGAGAGGAAGAUUCAAAACCACCUGGAGCUGAGACGUCUACCUCGUGGUGAUGCGCCCACGUCACAACGCUCCGCCGCGGCCCUUUUUGGCCAGAUUCAACGUAAUAGUGGUGGAAAUGGCUACGAAAAUGUAUCUGCUGUUAACCACUAUGCUGUGGAGUAUUCAGUACGAGCCUUCUUCAAUAAGAUAUCCAUGGAUGUUAUCAUUGACUCCGGGUCAGCCGAUACUUGGGUUAGAGCCCCUGAUUUUAUCUGUAGGAAUAAUCUCAAUAAGACUCUUCCACAGGAGACCUGUGGUCUGGGCCCGUCUUUUGCGGGAAAUUUCACCGGUCGACCCAUCCAUGACCAGCAUUUUACCGUGAAAUAUGGAGAUGGUGAGAGUGUACAGGGCAGGUUGGGAUAUAUGGACGUCGCAUUCGCCGGUAUAAACGUUUUCAGGCAAGAAAUAGCCCUUGCGACCCAGGGAACAUGGCAUGGGAACAAUGUUACUUCAGGGGUUCUUGGACUUGCAUAUCCAUCUCUGACAAACGCUUAUUGGGGUAAUGAUCUCAAUAAUGAUGACCAGUAUCUCUCUGCUCCUUAUUCGCCUCUCUUUACUUCGAUGGUCCGAAAAGGGUUAACUGCACCGUGCUGGGCUAUCGCUCUGGCCAGGAAUUCUUCACUAGGGUCUAUCAGUAUCGGCGGAAUGCCACCGGUUGAUAUUAGCAAGAGUGAUUAUGACACAACCCCUAUUCUUAUUUUGGAUAUAAUCCAUCGAGAUAGCACAAAUUGGCAGCCGUCUUUCUAUACAGUCGUUCCGACAGGAUUUCACUUUGGACAGACUACAGUGCAUGGUCAAUAUCCAUUCAUUUUAGACACGGCUACGACUCUGAUCUACCUGCCACCAGAUAUGGCAGACGCAGUCAACGCGCAAUUUGAUCCACCAGCGAUAUAUUUCGGGUAUUAUGGUUCCUAUUUCACAAACUGUGAUGCUACUCCCCCGAGCUUCGGAGUCCAGAUUGGGGAAACCAUCUUUUGGGUGAAUCCUAAGGACCUCAUAAAUACGGAGGAUAGAGAUCCCGACACAGGCUUGUGUCAAACUGGAAUUAAUAAUGGAGGAACUGGGCCCUACAUCCUAGGCAUCACAUUUUUGACCAAUGUUGUGGUAUCGAUGGACGUUGGUUCUGGUCAAGUUGGGUUUUGGAGUCAUCAAUUCUACUAAGACAGGCAUUCUCGCGGUAAUGAGUGAAAGUCCUAGAUGGUGUCAAAAUUGUUAUGAUUUUCAUGAAGAGAUAUAGGAAAAUCGCUCAGGCUAAGAGGCAUAAAAUACUCUAUAUGUUCAAGGGUACCUUGGUAAAUACCUGCAACAUGAUACAGUUAUUCCCUAUGCGCUAAUAAAAAUGGCGCUGAUUCGUUCUGUAAUCGGGCGGUUUGACACCCUAAUACUGAAGAGGGGCGCUGAGUCCCAGGGUUGUUAAGGCAAAAACAUCGCUAGAGCGCAUCGUUAGCUUUGAACGUAUUUAUGGAUCCAAUCCAGUAUAAGGUGCGGGUCCGAUCAUGGGAGGUUUAGCGCUCUAGUACAUCUUUAGUGCUCCU